AUGAUCAAUCAGGGAGAUGUAAGGAGUGAAGGGAUUACCAUCUACUGUACACGAAUUGGAUCAGGUACUCGAUUUGUUCCGUUCGAUACAGUUUAUGAUUUACCUACUCAUUGCUUUUUCAAAAUCAAAAAUAAGGGAAGAGUUUUCAAUGUCCCUCAUGGAGUACAACAACAACAGAUUAUCCAUCAAAAUCCAAAGAAAGGGAAAAGGAAAUUGGAUGAAUUACCUCCUACAACUGCUCCCACUAAUAAUUUGUCUUCUCAAAUUUCCCCUACUCCUCUUGUACCACCAGCUGAUUGUCCAAAUGUUAUUUCCAAUACCUCUCGUCCUGAUACUCCUCCUGAUAAUGUAGAGUUUGAGAAGGAGCUCCAAGAAUUUUAUGAUAGUUUAAUGGCAGCUACAACCGGAUUUACUUCAUCGCCGAAGAAGAUUGAAGAGUUAGAGAAAAAGGAUGAUAAAAAUGUUCCUAUAUAAACUUUAGUUUUUUAACGUAAAUAUUUUUUAAUAAUGGAAUCGCAAUCAUUUACUAAUAAAGAUUUGUAUUUUAAAUUACCUUUUGGUAUGAUUUUGUCUGGUCCAAGCUCUAGUGGGAAGAGCUCAUUCCUAUUAAAAUUUAUAGCAGACUCCCAAGAUUUGAUCGAUC